UUUUUUUUUCAAAUAAACAAGGUAGUGGUAACUGGUAAGGUUUUUUUUAAAAAAAUCUCUCCUCUUUCACCCUUAAAACUACUCCGCCGAUUUAUCAAGAAGCCAUCGCCGACUCGCCGUCAUCAAUCUCCUUUCUUAGCAGUUCAGCAUUCCUAAAGAGGACUGCCAAGCCUUAAUCUACUAUGAAACACGCCAAAUAUGAAAAAUCCCUAUUUUUGGGGUUAACAGAUGAUUUAAUUCGUGAAAUCCUGCUUCGAAUGCCUGCAAAAUCCUUAGGAAGGGUCAGUUGUGUGUGCAAAAAAUUGAAAUCCCUAAUCUCAGACCCCGCAUUCGCCAUAUCUCAUAUCAAAUGUUCGUACUCGCCCCCUAAUACACCCUUAACCAUUGCUAUGCUUAGAGAUAAUACCUUGUCUUCGCUCAAGUUUAGUAGUUAUGCUGAUAUCACUGAGGGCGUAAAGUUAAAGCCAUGGGGAAGACAAUUCGACAGGGAUGACACUUUCGAGGGUUGUUACUUUUUCAUGAUUGGAUCAUGUAAUGGCCUUGUGUGUCUUUACAUUAAGGCGAUGGAUAAGAAAAUAUAUGACGGGGAUUUUAUGUAUCUUUGGAACCCUAUCACCAAUGAAGCUAGAGAAAUUUCAUUGCCAGUUGGAGGGAUUUCGACUUAUGUUUAUGUAGAUUCUUGCUGGUUUGGCUUCGUUCACUCCUUAAAUGACUACAAGAUCCUCUUAGUUUCUGAAAAGUAUAAGCCAUACCGUGAAAAGUACAUGUAUUUGUACUCGUUGAGGAAUGAUAGUUGGAGAAGGAUACGUGUUAGUGAUGAUGAUCUGUCUUCCAUUUCGGGAUGUAACUCAGUAUUCAAGGAUGAUGCAUUGCAUUACCUUGUUCAAGAAAAAUGCAUACUGAAAUUUGAUCUGGCUACUGAAGCCUUUGAGAGGAUACCUUUCACAAUUGUGCCUAAGCUAUUUCCGAGUGUCAAUCAGAUGCUGCUGGGUGUCAAUCGAGAAUCUGAUCGUCUUUUUGUAGCGUUUGUACAUUAUUCUUAUGAUGAAUUUCAGGAAGGCUCUGAGGAAGACUCAGAGGAAGAUUCUGAAGAAACCUCAGACUCAGAUACCGAGGUUGAAAUUGAGGAAGGGAAAUGGAUGUUAGAGCUGUGGAUGUUGAAGGAAUAUAACAAUUGGGGUUCUUGGAAGAUAAUGUAUAGGAUUGACUUGCAAGAGGAGAUUGCUGGACGUUGCAUCCGAGUAUUAGGGUUCACAUACAAUGGCAUUAUCUGCAUUCAAGCUGCGAAUCAUGGAUUUGUGGUUGUUGACCCACAUUGUGAUCUGCCAUCAUAUGUUGUUGUGAGGAAUUCUUGUUCUAAGGUUUACAAGAUCAACGAUUAUGUAGAGAGUAGUGUUUCCCCCUUUUCUCCUUUUCCUUUUAAUGGUGAAGAUGAAGAUAAUGAUGGUGAUGAUGAGGAAGAGGACGAAGAAGAUGAUGGUGGUAAUAAUGGUGAAGGUGUUGAUGAGGAAGAGGACGAAGAAGAUGGUGGUGAUGGUGAUGAUAAUGAUGAUGGUGUUGAUGAGGAAGAGGAAGAGUACGAAGAAGAUGGCGGUGAUAGUGAUGAUGAUAAUGAUGAUGGUGUUGAUGAGAAAGAAGACGAAGAGGAUGGUGGUGAUAGUGAUGAUGGUGUUGAUGAGGAAGAAGACGAAGAGGAUGGAGGUGAUAGUGAUGAUGAUGAUAAUGAUGAUGGUAUUGAUGAGGAAGAGGAUGAAGAAUAUGGUGGUGAUAGUGAUGGUAGCAGUGGACAGUGGUGAUGGUGGUGAAGUUAAUUUGACUUUGAGUUUCUAGGACUUUUCAUUUUACAUUUCGAGUCAGACUGUAUUUUUGGUGAAAUUAAUCAUCAGUUGGUGGUUAUAUUCAUUGUGGAUCAAUUACUACUUUUGUGGGAUCAUUGAUUUCUAUGGGAUUACAAAGAACUAAAGAAGUACACAGUAGGUCUUUUGGAUGUAUCCUUGAGUAUGGAUUGUAAUUUUGUAAA